AUGGGGCGCCCUGUGGAUCCCCAGGAGAUGGGGCACCCCAUGGACUACCAGAAGAAGGGACGCACCAUGGAUCCCCAGGAGAUGGACUACUGUGGACUACUGAGAGAUGGGGCACCCCAUGGACCACCAGAUGGGGCACCCCAUGGACCACCAGGGGAUAGGGCACCCUGUGGGCUACUGAGAGAUGGGGCACCCCAUGGACCACCAGGAGAAGGGACACACCAUGGAUCCCCAGGAGAUGGGGCACCCCAUGGACCACCAGAAGGGACACCCCAUGGACCACCAGGAGAUGGGGCACUCCGUGGAUCCCCAGAAGAUGGGGCACCCCAUGGACCACCAGGAGAUGGGGCACCCCAUGGGCCACCAGGAGAUGGGGCACCUCACGGACCCCCCAGCUCACCCAGGACAAGGGGCACCCCGUGGACUCACAGCUCACCUGAAAGAAAGAGCCCCCCCAUGGGCCCCAAGGAGUUGUGCACCCGAUGGAGCCCAGCUGGCCCAGGAGAUGGAGCACCCCCAGGCCACCAGGAGAUGGGCAACUCUGGACCCCAAGAAGAAGGGACACCCCAUGGACCCUCCAGGUUGCCCGGAAGAAGCAGGACCCCACAACCACCUUUCACGCCCAGGAGAAGGGUGACCCUGUGGACCACCAGGAGAUGGGACUCCCCCUGGCCCCCACCCUGCCUGCCAGAAGGGCCCCCCCAGUGCACAGCCUCGGGCCCGCCUUGCUUUGACAUCUUUAUUACAAAAAGAAAAACCCAAACCGAACCCAAAUUUCCUCUCCACCCACCCACCCGUGCGCUCCCCCCCAGGGACGCUCGGUCCAGCCGUGGGGGUGCAGGGGGGGGCCCCAACAGCACCGGGACCCCCACCCGCAGCAAGGGGACAAGCGUGGGGGGGGGUGGGGGGGGGCGCGCUCUUUGGUUGGUGCCCGUGGGGCCGGGAGGGGGGGACACGCUGGUGGGGGGCUUAUGGCUUAGAAAAGGGGAUGGGGGGGGGCAGCCGGGAUGCGCCCGCGUGGGGUGGGUGCAUGUGCAUGCAUGCGGGGCCACGCGUGUGCAAACAUGCACGCAAGUGUGUGCCACAGGGGGGGCACAUGCACACACGUGUGCGUGUGCAUAGACGUCCGUGCACCAACACCGGGGUGCGUGCAUGCCUUUAAGCAUGGAAACAUAUGUAUAUAUAUAAAUAUAAACAUAUAUAUAUAUACAUAUAUAUAUACACGUGCGUGCCGCGGUGUGGGUG